AUGUCUAGCAAAAAGGCAAAGACAAAGACCACCAAGAAGCGCCCUCAGCGUGCCACUUCCAAUGUAUUCGCAAUGUUUGAUCAGUCGCAGAUCCAAGAAUUCAAGGAGGCCUUCAACAUGAUCGACCAGAACAGGGAUGGCUUCAUUGACAAAGAGGACUUGCACGAUAUGCUCGCCUCCCUUGGAAAGAAUCCAACGGAUGAAUACCUAGAUGCCAUGAUGAAUGAGGCUCCAGGCCCCAUAAACUUCACAAUGUUCCUCACAAUGUUUGGAGAGAAGUUAAAUGGCACCGAUCCAGAAGACGUCAUCAGGAAUGCUUUUGCUUGCUUUGAUGAAGAAGCAACAGGGUUCAUCCAGGAAGACUACCUGCGCGAGCUGCUGACGACCAUGGGGGACAGGUUCACGGAUGAAGAGGUGGAUGAGCUGUACAGAGAGGCACCCAUCGACAAAAAGGGCAAUUUCAACUACAUUGAAUUCACGCGCAUCCUGAAACACGGAGCGAAAGACAAGGAUGACUGAGCAAGUCCCUGGAUACCUGCAGAUAGCUUCCCCCCUGCUCCCCCCAUUAAUUUUAUUUCUUGGGAUCUGAUUUUCUUUUUUUCUUCUUGGGACCUUUUGCAUACAUUUUUAGCAUUCCACCUUUUUUGCCUGUGGACUCCGGGCUGCUCAGGCACGCCUAAGAGAGGACAGCUCACAGUGAUAGAGGUUUAGGGACACAGAUCUGUGAGUGUGGAGGCCCAGGUGAAAAUGUCAGUGCUACUCAUCCUAGCUAAUUUUACAUUUUUAAUGGUAACUUUUCAAACAAACCACUGCUGUAUUAAGUACAUCAUUAAAAUUCUCAUGCUAGAAGCGGACUGUUUAUCUAAUCAUAUCUGUAAAUAUUUUUGGAACUAUAUGCAGUUGUGUUGUUACCUGUUUUUGCCUUAAAAAUGAAGCAUAAGUCACUUAAGCAUACCGAUGUUUGUACUUCAGUGGCUUGAGUAUUUCACUUACUACUGUGAAGCGUAUACAAUGAAGAAAUUUCCAUCCUUUGAAUUUUAGUAGAUUGUAAAUCAAUUAUUUCUGUCCACGACUUGCACAUUAAACAUUUUAAAUCUUA